AUGAUAACCAAUCAGUUCUUGCUUAUUCUGAUGCUCUCCUUUAUCUGGCCAAAUUGGGCCUUGCCUUUUACACCUGGGAAUACUGGGAAUGUGUUUGGAACGGCAUCUGAAAAUGAUGGAAGGAUACUCCAUCGUUCCAAACGAGGAUGGAUGUGGAAUCAAUUCUUUCUUCUGGAGGAAUACACAGGAAACGACCAUCAAUAUGUUGGCAAGCUACACUCCAACAUGGACAAAGGGGAUGGCAACAUCAGGUAUAUUCUCACCGGAGACGGGGCAGGCUCCUUGUUUCUGAUUGACGAGAAGUCAGGGGACAUCCAUGCCACCAAGAGGCUGGACAGGGAGGAGAAGGCCAUGUACACACUUCAUGCCAAGGUCGUGGAUCGAAUCACAAACAUUGAUUUGGAACCUGACACGGAAUUUAACAUUAAAAUACAUGACAUCAAUGACAACGAGCCAAAAUUUGCCAAGGAAAUCUACUUUGCAAAUGUCGCUGAAAUGUCAGAUGUUGGGACAUAUGUUGUACAAGUCACUGCUACCGAUGCUGAUGACCAAACCUACGGGAACAGUGCCAAGCUGGUGUAUAGCAUUCUGCAAGGACAGCCGUAUUUCUCUGUGGAUUCUGACAAUGGCACUAUUCGGACAGCGUUACCAGGUAUGGAUAGAGAGGUGAAGGAGAACUACCAGGUGGUGAUCCAGGCCAAGGACAUGGCUGGACAGAUGGGUGGGCUCUCAGGGACCACCACAGUCAGCAUCACCCUUUCAGAUGUCAAUGACAGCCCUCCUCGAUUUGCUAACCACACAUUUCGUCUUACAACUUUGGAGUCGGCUGAAAUUGGAGGAGCUAUAGGCCGAAUCAAAGCCGAAGAUGCUGACGUGGGCCAGAAUGCUGACAUGGGGUACAGCAUUGUUGGUGGAGAUGGACAAGAAAUGUUUAGGAUUGUCACAGACCAAGCAACACAGGAAGGCAUCAUUACAGUUAAAAAGCAACUGGAUUACGAGACCAAGAGGAUGUAUGUGUUCAAAGUGGAGGUAAAGAACACUUAUCUAGACUCACGGUUCAUCCACGGGCUGCGCUUCAAAGACGACGCCACGGUGCGGGUGACAGUGGAGGAUGUGGAUGAGUCUCCAGUGUUCAGCAGGAACCCUUACAUCCUGGACGUGCAUGAGGAUACGGCAGCGGGCAGCUUUGUAGGGGUGGUGUCCGCCAGAGACCCUGACGCAGACAACAACCAAGUCAAGUACUCUAUAGACCGCCAUACAGAUCUGGAGAGACUUUUCAACAUAGAUUCAAUCAAUGGCACCAUUACAACACUGAAAGGACUGGAUAGAGAAAUGUCCAAAUGGCAUAAUAUAUCUGUGGUUGCAACUGAAAUCAAUAAUCCUCGCCAGACCACUCGUGUCCCAGUUUUCAUCAAGGUCUUGGACGUCAAUGACAAUGCACCUGAAUUUGCCAAAUCAUUUGACACUUUAAUCUGUGAGAAUGUCAAAGCAGGACAGAUUAUCCAGAUGAUAAGUGCAGUGGACUCCGAUGAACCCCUUGUUGGACAUAAAUUUGUAUUCAGUUUAAGCAGCCCUAAUCCAAACUUCACAAUUGUUGACAAAGAAGACAACACGGCAGCCAUUUUGACACGCAGGGGAGGCUUCCGGCGGCGAGAGAUGAGCGAGUACUACCUGCCGGUGGUGAUCUCAGACAACCACUACCCCAUACAGAGCAGCACCAGCACUCUGAUCGUCAGCAUCUGUGCAUGCGACAGCAAAGGCAACAAGCAGUCAUGCAACUCGGAGGUGCUGCCAUUCUCUGACGGCCUCACCACCGGAGCCCUGGUAGCCAUCUUGCUCUGUGUCAUCAUCCUCUUGAUGAUUGUGGUGCUGUUUGCCUCCCUGAAGAGGCAGAGGAAGAAGGAGCCUCUGAUCAUCUCCAAAGAGGACGUGAGAGACAACGUCGUCAGCUACAACGAUGAAGGGGGCGGAGAGGAGGACACUCAGGCCUUCGACAUCGGCACGCUGCGCAACCCGGAGGUGAUGGAUGCUAACAAGCUGCGCAGGGACAUCAUCCCUGAGAUGUUGUUUCCAUUUCGGAGGACAUCACCUAUAAAAGAUAACACAGACGUCAGAGAUUUCAUUAACGGUCGGCUCCAGGAGAACGACUCCGAUCCCACUGCGCCACCUUACGACUCCCUUGCCACCUACGCAUAUGAAGGGAGUGGGUCGCUGGCCGAGUCCCUCAGCUCGCUGGAGUCUUCUGCCACCGAGGGCGACCAGGAGUAUGAUUACCUCACCAACUGGGGACCGCCGUUCAAAAAACUGGCCGAAAUGUAUAUCGGGAAGGACUCGUAGAGAGCGACUUGUGUCAAAGGUCGAAAUAUCGCACUUCUCUCGCGUGCACACACACAUACUCCCUUCAAGCCAUCAAUGUGGAUGAUAAAGUAGAUAUAAAAACAUUAUCUCAUAACUGUUGACAGCUCUCACAGUUUUACUGUUUUAUGGUCCUUAUCAGUAAAGAUGCCUUUGAACUUUAGGAAAUUUGUGUGACCAAUGGUGUGGACAAUGUGUUUUGUAAUUGGGGAGACCGAUAGUAGUAUUGUAUACUAUUAAUGUUUAUUGAAA